CCUACUUAUCUUGCAGACAUCCAUGAGGAGGGGGGUCAGCGGCCGGUGAUGGUCUACGUCCAUGGUGGCUCUUAUUCUGAAGGCACUGGCAACAUGAUGGAUGGAAGCGUGUUGGCAAGUUAUGGCAACGUUAUUGUCAUAACACUAAACUAUCGCUUGGGAGUUUUAGGGUUUCUGAGCACGGGCGACCAGGCAGCGAAAGGAAACUAUGGCUUGCUCGAUCAGAUUCAGGCUUUGCGCUGGGUGAAGGAGAACAUUGCAGCAUUUGGUGGAGAUCCGACCAGGGUCACAGUGUUUGGCUCUGGGGCCGGGGCUUCCUGUGUGAGCUUGCUGACUUUGUCCCACUACUCAGAGGACCUUUUCCACAGAGCCAUCAUCCAGAGUGGCAGCGCUUUAGCCAGCUGGGCCGUCAACUAUCAGCCAAGCAAGUAUGCUCGACAGCUCGGCGAGAGGGUGGGCUGUGGCAUCGACGACAGCACUCAACUGGUUGCCUGCCUCCAGGGCCGAAGUUACCGUGAACUUGUGGAGCAGAACAUAACUCCGGCCAAAUAUCAUACCGCUUUUGGUCCGGUGAUUGAUGGCGAUGUUAUACCUGAUGAUCCCCAGAUUCUGAUGGAGCAGGGAGAGUUUCUGAACUACGAUGUGAUGCUGGGGGUUAAUCAGGGUGAAGGUGUGAAGUUUGUGGAGGGCAUCGUGGACUCAGAGGAUGGCGUCACAGCUGAAGACUUUGACUUCGCCGUGUCGGACUUUGUGGAUAGUUUGUAUGGAUACCCAGAAGGCCGAGACACACUGCGGGAGAGCAUACGGUUCAUGUACACAGACUGGGCUGAUCGUGACAACGCAGAAACUCGCAGGAAGACACUGGUAGCACUUUUUACUGACCACCAAUGGGUGGCACCAGCAAUCGCCACCGCUGAUCUCCACGCUCAGUAUGGGUCUCCAACCUACUUCUACUCCUUUUACCACCACUGCCAGAGUGACGCCACGCCACCAUGGGCUGAUUCUGCCCAUGGUGAUGAGGUGCCCUAUGUGUUUGGCGUGCCCAUGGUGGGUCCCACUGAUCUGUUCAACUGUAACUUCUCCAAGAACGACGUCAUGCUGAGCGCAGUAGUCAUGACUUACUGGACUAACUUUGCCAAGACUGGAGAUCCAAACCAGCCAGUUCCUCAAGAUACGAAGUUCAUCCACACAAAACCUAACCGUUUUGAGGAGGUUGCCUGGUCUAAGUACACCCCUAAAGAGCAGCUGUACCUCCACAUUGGCCUCAAGCCUCGUGUCAGAGACCACUACCGUGCCACCAAGAUCUCCUUCUGGCUCCAGCUGGUCCCUCACUUGCAUCACAUCAAUGAACUCCUGCUGCCCAUGUCCUCCUUUACGCACAGCCCCUCUCCACGGGAUGAAACUCCCAAUUCCUACACCAAGCGUCUAUCCAAAGGUUGGCCUCCUAUCAGUACCCUCCACCCGGGAUCCCAGGGAGGCACCCCACAGCCACCGGAGUCUGCUUUAGGGCAGGAUGGAGGAGAAGAUGGCAUUCGUGUCCCAAAGGAGGACUACUCCACCGAACUGUCGGUGACGAUCGCUGUCGGAGCCUCGCUGUUGUUUCUCAACAUACUUGCGUUUGCAGCCCUGCUGUAUAAGAAGGACAAACGGCGCCUGGAGCAUCGAAGACCACGCCCACUGCCUCCUCCUAGAAGGGACAUUACACCUGCAGAUGUUGCAGCUCACCUGCAGGGUGAAGGACUAAUGUCAUUACAGGUGAAGCAGCUGGAGUGUGACGUAGCCUCGGCAGACGAGAGAAACAACGCUCACCACCACCACACUCUGGAUACUCUUGAUGCUCUGGACGGUUUGGACACCCAGGACAUCUACAGCACACUGGAUACCGUGCGCCUCACCUGUCCGCCCGAUUACACCCUCACCUUGCGCCGCUCGCCGGACGACGUUCCCCUCAUAACCUCCUUGACCCCAGGCUCGCUGCCCGUGACCCCAGGGUCGCACCCUGUUACUCCUGCAACACCUAUGACCCCCAUGACACCUGGAUCGGUGGCUGGGAUGAGGAUGGGGCACCCUCACCAAGGAUACACACACCAUAGCCCAUAUAGUAAUACACACUUACCACACACACACAUCUCCACACACACACACUCCACCACACGUGUAUAACCGCAGCCAGACACUCGUACAUACAGGGACAGCAUUAAAGCUCACACUAGCACACAUAUUCACACACACAUGAAACAGACUGAAAUACCUCUACUAAUUACCCUGCAGGAUUGUUACAGAUGGAUCAGCAGCGACACUUUUCAGGAACAGGAUGAGAAGGCAGACAUCUGUGUGUUGCAUGUUGGGGAACUGCAUACAAACCGGAUCCCCGGAGAUGCAUCUCAUCGCCCGAUGAGUCAAGAAAUCCCUGCAAAGUGUCUCAAGACCUGCUUUGGAUUUUAAAUCAGCUUUUUCUACACUCGAGGA